UUCAAACGCCGUGUAGCUCUACUGUCAUGGCUGCUGUAGCGCUAGUACAGGGAGCAAGUAGGGGACUUGGUUUAGAAUUUUGCAAACAUAUUCUUUCAUUUAAAGCUCCUGCGGCUGUGGUUGCAACAUGUCGAAAUCCGGAGGCAGCCACAGAUUUGGCCGCUUUAGCAGCACAGCACCCGGGACGUGUCACUGUUCUCAAAGUGGAUGUCAGUCGGGAAGAUGACAUCAAAGGAGCGGCUGAAGUUGUCAAGAAAUCGUUCGGUAAAGUGGACUUGAUCAUUAAUUCUUCCGCGAUGCUUCAUCCUACUGGCAAAGGAGAGACAGGUUUGCGAGAUGUCUCCGCUCAGGCGACUCUCUCCACGCUUACUACAAACGCCGUGGGACCCCUGAUAAUGGCCAAGUACUUCAGCCCUUUGCUUCAGAAGGGCAGUGGGCUGUUUGGUCAGCAGCCGCCUGAGAAGGCCAAGCAACACAGUGGAAUUAUAGUGAACAUCACUGCCAGAGUUGGAUCAAUUGCGGAUAAUGCACUGGGAGGUUGGUACAGCUACAGGAUGUCCAAAGUGGCCCUGAACAUGGCUACCAGGAACCUGUCCAUUGAGCUGGGACGCGGUCGGCCCAAGGUGCUGUGUGUGGCCUUGCACCCCGGCACACUGAACACGGACCUCUCACGACCUUACCACAGGAACGUGCCCAAGGACAAGCUCUUCAGCACCCAGCAUUCCGUGGAACACCUCAUGGCUCUUAUAGAAAGUCUCAAUUUUGACAAAUCCGGGAAGGCGUAUGCUUGGGAUGGCUCCGAGUUGCCCUGGUGAUAAACUGAGAUGCAGAGAAACACGUGUACUGGAGUUCCUUGAAACCGGUCUUGAUAUCCGUGUGCUUUUGUAAUUCGAGGAACGUUUGGGCUCUACCCAAAUAAAAAGUUGUGUUCAUUU